AGACUUGGCGCAUGCGCCGGGCAGGACGGGCCGGAUUGAAAACUAUGGCGUGGGUACCUGCAGAGGCUGCGGUGGAAGAGUUGAUGCCCCAGCUGUUGCCAGUGGAGCCCUGCGACUUGACAGAAGGUUUCGAUCCCAGCGUACCUCCGAGGACUCCUCAGGAGUACCUGAGGCGGGUCCAGAUCGAAGCAGCUCAAUGUCCAGAUGUUGUGGUAGCUCAAAUUGACCCAAAGAAGUUGAAAAGGAAGCAAAGUGUAAAUGUUUCUCUUUCAGGAUGCCAACCUGCGCCUGAAGGAUAUUCCCCUACACUUCAGUGGCAACAACAACAGGUGGCACAGUUUUCAACUGUUCGGCAGAGUGUGAAUAGACAUAGAAGUCACUGGAAAUCACAACAGUUGGAUAGUAACGUGACCAUGCCAAAAUCUGAAGAUGAAGAAGGCUGGAAAAAAUUUUGUCUCGGUGAAAGGUUAUGUGCUGAAGGAGUUACUGUUGGACCAGCUGCAAGUGAAAGUCCUGGAAUUGAUUAUGUACAAAUUGGUUUUCCUCCCUUGCUUAGCAUUGUUAGCAGAAUGAAUCAGGCAACAGUAACUAGUGUCUUGGAGUAUCUGAGUAAUUGGUUUGGAGAAAGAGACUUUACUCCAGAAUUGGGAAGAUGGCUUUAUGCUUUAUUGGCUUGUCUUGAAAAGCCUUUAUUACCAGAGGCUCAUUCACUGAUUCGUCAGCUUGCAAGAAGGUGCUCUGAAGUGAGGCUUUUAGUGGACAGCAAAGAUGAUGAGAGGGUUCCUGCUUUGAAUUUAUUAAUCUGCUUGGUUAGCAGAUCUUCAUCAUCUCCUGCCUGGACUCCUGCAAUAAUGGAUCUUCUGCAGUACAAGAAUAUCCCAUCUCCAGCCCAAGUACUGGGUUAUCUUUCUGAGAUGCAAAUGGACCAUGUCAUUCCCUCCUUAAAAACCCUUCACUGAAAAGGUCCAUGUUUUUUAUCAUACAAGACUCUUUCCAGCUUCAGCUUUUAAUAUUUCUCUCCACCUAUUCAAUCCAGUCACAAUAAAAUGCUUAAGCAUAUUUAAAUAUACUACACUUUCAUCCCUCUGUGCCUUCACUUUACCUAGAUGCUUUUCCUGCCCUCACUUCCUAUUUCUCUUUAUCAGUAGCAUUAUAGAAAGAGCUUCUGACUUGAGCAUGACUUUGGACUAGCUCAUUUAUAAAACCCUACAACUCCAUGGUUCCAUAUCUAAUUACUACCCAGUAUGUUAAUUAUUCAUUGAAUCUCUGUUCCCCGAUUGGGAGGCAAGGACUAUCUUACUUAUCUAAAAGCAUCAGGCCCACAAUACACACUUAAUAUAUUUUCUGAAUGAAUCAAUGAAUGAAUGAAGAUUCCCACACAUUAGAAGUAAACUCCAGGAGGUUGGGGCCAUUGUUUAGCUCAUUAUUCUAUCCCUAGCCACUACCUCUGACAUGUAAUGGACGCUAAAUAAAUAUUUUUAAUUAGUUAAA